CAUGGAAACAUCAGAAAGUCGAGCGCCCUCUAGUUAUCGUCCGCAUUCCUGGAAAGAUGGUGAUACAGCGCCACCUGUAACAGUGUAAUAGUGAGACAGUCUAAUACCGAGGAGAUCGUCUGCAGGCUUAACCAUUUAGCAAAGUACAAAUGCUCAAACCUUCCGGGUCUUCACCUACCUCUGGGCACAGUCGAACAAUGUCCACUGAUACAACUAGUACGUCAAUGCCACAGUCUGUUUCCGACAAAAAUCUAACAGGUCUUUCUGGGAAACAUCAAACCAUGGAGCGCCCUCUAGUCACAAAUAGUCGUCUGCGUUCCUGUGAAGAUGGUGAUACAGCGCCACCUGUAGGAGUGAGACAAACAUUACAGUCAAACCUCGAGGAAAUCGACUGCAAGCUCAACUAUUUAGCAAACGGAAUGCAAAAUUUUGAAUAUCAACUCUGUGGUACUACUGUAACGUUGCUUGGACAGAAAUUAACCAUGCUUAGAGAGAAAGUGCCGGAACUAGUUCACCCUCCUACAACGUAAUCCAUAAGUCGAGGUCCUCGACUUGUCAAAUCUAUAAAUGAUCUCUUUAGACUUCUCGAUAAUUUGCGACUUCACAGAAAAGUCUGCAAGAUUUUUCUGACUGACUGCUAAAAAAGAUUUAUUAUGAAAUGUACAACGUGCAAUUUUCAAUCUUCAUGAUCAAAGAUCGAUAUUCAAAUCUCCAAAUCAUCUCGCAUUUUAAUGCUAUCAUUAGUAUGAAUGUGCAAAAAGAGUUUUUACUGACUGUCGGCAAUAUCUUAUCUAUCCAGCAUUUAUUGCUCCGAACUCAAAUUAGAACAUGU